AUGCAGCUGUCCCAUAUGGGGUUCGAACCUGCAACCUUGACAUUAUCAGUACCAUGCACUAACCAACUGAGCUGUCCAGCUGGAAAUGAUGCAUGCAAUAAAAAUAUCUACAUUUCACCCAAUGCAAGCCGUAAACUCAUCAGAACAAUGUAUGAAUCGAGUCUUAGACACAGGCAUGAAAUUCUUGCAACUUGUUCGGUGGCGAUUACUUUCUCUUUUUAUGUUCUCUGUGGUGGUGACGAAGGGUUGCUUCCAGUUGAUAUCCCUCUGCGGGUAGAAAGACUCAUUGAUCCAGCAGAGCCUUCUGUCAGCUGA